UCCUUGACCUUAGUUUACGAGUUUUGCGUGGAGCAGCGCUAGCGUAGUAAAAAAAAAGAGAGAGAGCGAGAAAGAAAAACAACCCACCUAUUUGCGGCACUGCAGCCCGAAUGUUUACUAACAGGCUCGCUCGGUGUUAAAAAAGCGCUCUUUAGGAGGAAACGGAUAACACCUACAGAGCGAAUUGCACCCAGUUUUCCUGCGCUCUGACUCACGGUGUCAUUAUUUGGGUGCUGUAUCCGCUAUCGUUUGCGUACUACCACUACUACAACCACCACUACUACUAACGUUACUGAGCUGCUUACUAGAGCGAAACACCAAGACGAAAAAGAUUCUGCUUCAUUUAUUUUUUUCCCAAGUUUUUUUUUUUAAUUAGAGUGACUAGCACCAUUAAAAGGAAGCCUCCCCCGGAGUGGUUACGUGCACUCCAGGCGUUGUAGUGAGUAUUUGCAUGCCAAACAUCGCUGUAUAAGGAAGACUUGGGCCCGUCUAUAAGGGGACAAUAAAGCGUCACUUGAAACCGGUUGUUUGUGUUUGUUACCGAGGACCGUGCAGCACGGCAGACCGCCUGACUGUCUCGAGUCAUAAUACUCCUUUGACAUUGUGUAGUACUCUCAGAGAUCAGCUAUAAAAAAAUGCACACCGUGUUUUCUCGUCUCUUCCAUCGCCAACACUACACUUUUUUCUUUUUUUGCACAGCAAUCUGGCAAUCAGUGUCGAUGCAACCUUGACAUCUCUGACUAGGCAGUUUUUAACAGUUGUGUCAUUUUUGUCUUUAGGUAUUUUUUCAGUGGCAGGAAUUUUUUUUACAUUUUAGGUUCAGAUUUCCUCUUUUGUUUUUUUUAUUAAUUGUUGCACUUGUGUGGCCCUGGUGGUGUAUAGCUUGUUGAGCAGUUGGCCAUUGAUAUGGCAUUGGCAGUUCUGUCAUUUGGUCCCAAACAGGAACAGUCGCCUGUGAUCUAUGCUCCAACCUUCCUUGCUGAUCAAUACGGGCCAGGAUGCACAAAUUUCAGCUCUCGUUGUUUCUUCUUUAUUAGUCAGAUUCCAAUACAGAGGGAACAGAAAAAACGGGCAAAAGAAAAAGUGUCGGAAAACAAGGAGUGCUUUGGAAGUAGAAAAAAAAGGAAACGCCGCGCAAUCUGCAGGACUUGGUGAACAGUGAAGAAAAGAUGAGGCCAUUAAAGAAACACAGAGGGCGUUCUCCCCCGUUAACUAGAGGCAGAGGGGGGAGGAGGAGAGGGGGCUCUCAGCCUCCCCAAGAAAAGGACCCCAGAAGAGUCAAGAGGGAGACUCUUGUCAAAACCACACAAAGCACCCCUUCCAAACGCAAACACGGCCAACCCAACUCUGACAAGGAACCAAUCACAAAUAGCAAUACCCCCAUGAGGGAGGAGCCUACUGAACUGAGGAAACCUGUGGAGUCAGCUGAGAAUGGUGGAAAGCAAGCAGAAGAAAAGACAGAAAAGGAGAAGAUAGCGGGCACAAAUGGAAACAGUACUAUGCCCGCUGAUUCUGUAGCAUUUCCUACCUCUGCCCCAGCGCCACUCACCACAGCUAGACCCUCUAUAGCCACCAGUCACAGCCCCAGUUUAGGCUCAGUUUCUAGUAGGAAAACAGCCACGUUUAAGGCUCGUGUACCCAAAAAAAAAUACACAUAUGAGCACUUUGCCAACAGUGCAAGUGCUACAUCUACCAUUCCUACCUCCAGCCCUGCUCUCGUAAAUAACAGUUACUGCAAUAUCAACAGCAAAGUUAGUGAUAGUGUUAAUAGUCCCAAUAACCAUUUCAAGACUAGUAACAGUGUUAGUAAUAGCAUUAAUAAAAGCACUAACAGUAGUACUAAUAGUAACGCUACAAGUGGUAUUAAUAACAUGAGCAGUAACAGUUGUGCUGGGAGCCAUACUACUUUUAUCAAUAGCAGUAAUAGCAUAAGUAACAGUUGCUCAGGUAAUCAGCCAUCAGUGCUAACUGUGGACAGUAAAGCUACAGAAGCAAACCAUUUUGUCUCCAUGGAGGAUAAAACCCUCAGGACAGCAGAUUCCCAGGAAAAAGCGUCCCAGUCUGGGGAAAAUGAGCCUGAGGGGGCCCCGAACUCUGUGCGCUCCUCCUCCACGGAUACAGCUAGUGAGCACUCAGCUGACCAGGAUGUGAUGGAAGCAUCAGGACCAAGUCUUCAUCAGAAGAACUACCACAUCCCAGCUCCUCUACACAACUCACACCCUAAAGAGCCCAAUCUGUCAGAGGGGCUAGCUGAAGCUCUGGCCAAAGGCAUGAAGAACCAGAGAGUCCUGGCUCGCUGUGUCACAAGCGGUGGUGAGGCUGCGAAUAGUGGACACUCACGCCCCCCGUCACAUGUUUUUAGACCAGGGGUGGUGCGUAGGGUGUGUGGGGGUACUGUCGAAGUUCAGCUCCAAGGAGAGGAGACCCUUGUAAAAUAUCCAUUUCAUAGUGGAAGUACAAUGACGUCGUUAGCGACUGAGAGCACUGUGGAUUUUAUUUUAGAUGCCCCCCCACCUGGCAUGACACCUGUAGCUGUUGGGACCCAAGUGUGUGUGCCGUUUGGCGGGGAGGAAGGGGAUUCUCUGUUGUACAGAGAGGGGAUUGUUACUGAGGUGGACCCACACCCUGGUGUCUCAUUUCCUUACCAGGUGCUCCUGAGUGAAAAAAAAGAAACUCUGGGUGGAGGGGCAAUAGAGGAGAAAGAGAAAAGGAGCACAAGCAGCCAGGCUGUGUGGGUGUCCCGACAGAGCCUGAGAUUACUCACUCCUCCUUGGGAGGUCUCACAUUUAGAUGGUGGGAGAGCAAAGGAGAGAGAGCGGGAGAGGGAACGGGAAGAGAGACAGCGGCGGGAAGAGAUGGAGGUCGAGAGAGAGGUUUGCCAGCUGAGUAUUGGAAUGGGAGUGUUGGGAGGUGGAGUAAGGCUGGGUCAUGGUUUUUCACAUGGCGGGGUCAUAGGAGGACAUAACUAUGGAACUGUACAUCCACCCACACAUUCCUCCACUGGGACUUCUAGUGCCGUUACCAGCACAGGUCACGGAUGCAGCGAUAAUUACUGUGAUCGAGAAAGACAGAAAGAGCCAAACACACCAGAAGAAGAUGUUGAGGUGUCUCGUUUUAACAUGGGCCACACCGUUAGUCAUAAGACAAAUCCGGCAACCUCUCAGCACAACAGCAUCCUCUCCAAGUCCAGCGGCUAUCCUCCCUCCUCCCCCCACCUCUCUGUGGUGAGAAGCUUGGGACCUCCACACCUCUCCACUGUAGCUAGUCCUCAGCCAACUCCAUCCCCAGCCUUACUGGGGUCUGAAAUGAACAACACCACUUUAAACCUACCUCCAUCCAAAACCACUCCUACUCAGACCCUUACUCCUACUUCUGGUGGGGGGUCCUCCUCUACCUCCUCACGCUCCAGGACACCCCUUUCAUUGGCUCAGCAGAAAUACAAAAAGGGUGAUGUUGUCUGCACACCUAAUGGUAUCCGUAAGAAGUUCAAUGGUAAGCAGUGGAGGAGGCUGUGCUCCAGGGAGGGUUGUAUGAAGGAGUCUCAGCGCCGAGGAUACUGCUCUAGACACCUGUCCAUGAGGACCAAAGAGAUGGAGGCUGCAGGUGCAGAGAGGGGAGGAGGAGGAGGCAGCAGCUCAGGGACAGUCACCCCUUCUGACCUCCGGGGAAGAGCAAGCAGUGAGUUUGAGUGGGACGACACAUCAAGAGAGAGCAGUGAGGCCAGCAGCAGAGGAGACUCCAGACCCCGACUGGUCCUCCCCUCCCUCCUCCCUCAUGACCUGUCGUCACGGUUUGACUUUGAUGAGUGUGAGGCUGCCACCAUGCUGGUGUCAUUAGGAAGCUCCCGCUCUGGCACCCCCUCCUUUUCUCCCAUCUCCAACCAGUCACCCUUUUCCCCUGCCCCCUCUCCCUCGCCCUCUCCACUGUUCGGUUUCAGGCCGGCAAACUUCUCCCCGAUUACGGCAUCCCCGGUCCUGCAACAUCGGAGGCACAGACAGCCCAGUGGCACGGGGGGAGGAGGGGGAGGGGGCAGUAAGGCAUCAUCCACAGCUGGAGGAGAAAGGGAGAGACACACUUCAGGCGUCCAGCCCACCUUACAGAGUAACCUUACGUUUACAGUCCCCAUGAGCCCCAGUAAGCGAAAGCCGGAUGCACCUCCUCCACCACCCCUGCCCUCACAUCACCAUGAUUACACACCCAAAACAGAGCUGGAGCCGGGCGACCAUAACAGCUCUUUCAGAGUGCUGUCACCCCAAACGCCAGCUUUGCAUUCCCGCACACACACUCCCACCUUCUCCCGACCCAGAGGAGUGACCACUCCCUCCUCCAGCAGGCCCCCUUCUUCCACUGCUGUCUCCCCUCCUCCUCUUCUGGUGUCCCCAACUCCUCCUUCUCCUCUCACUACUGACGGAGGGCCUCGUCGUGUGGUCCCUGUUUCCCAACAGGCCUUGCGGGACUCUCCUGUCAUUGUGAGGAAUCCCGAAGUCCCACUGGCAAAAUUUACAGAGUGUCCCCUGGGAAGAGGAGGAGGAGGAGUAGGUGGUGUUGGAAAUGAGGGAGGGAAGGAAAACACUUUGUCUAAAGACAUCACCCAAACCCACCUGACUCCUCAGCCAGUUUCUGGCCUCCAGGUUCCUGUCCCAAUUAACGCUGCUGCAGCCGCAGUACCUAAUGGCACCGUCCUCUUACGGAGCCCAGCCCAAACUCUGGUGCUCGUGUCCCCAACACCUUCCUCCCUGCCCACCGCUGACACCCCUGCUACUGCGCUGCAGGCCCUGUCAGUUACCGUCAGCACAACCGUCACAGUUCCUGCUCCAAGUAGCACGGACAGCUGUGGGGAACGAGAAGAGAACAGGGGCGCAGGGUUUGGUGGUGAGGUCCAGCAGCCAGUUCCCUGUCACCCUUCCCCCACAGCUCUGCUGCCCCUGAUCCUGCCAGCGGAAAGUCUUCACCCCGUCCCACGCAAGGACAUCAUCAUGGGACGUCCAGGCACAGUGUGGACCAAUGUAGAGCCCCGGUCAGUUCCAGUCUUCCCUUGGCAUUCAUUGGUCCCCUUUCUGGCACCUACCCAAUCAGAUGCUACUUCUCAGCCAGGAGAGGGCCAGCACCCAGUCAACCACCCUCAAGCAGCCAGUCUGAAGACGGAGUGUCAGGGGGUGGCAGCGCUGCCACAGGAGCCUGCAGAGGCACCUCCCACUGUAGAGAGAGGUCCCCCAUCAAGGCCUCCCCCUGCUUCAGAUGAGCCGCCUCCAGAGAAAGAGAAAGGAGAUACAGAGAGGGAGAGGCCUGACAGUGAAACUGAGAGUGAUGUGGAUGACCCCUUCCUUCCAGGAGUCGUACAAGAGCAGCCUCUCUCUACAUCACCAGGAAAGAGACGUACUCAGUCGCUCAGUGCGCUGCCCAAAGAUGGAGACAAGAGCAGCCCUGGAAAGAGGGAGAAGGACCACAUCAGGCGACCAAUGAAUGCAUUUAUGAUUUUCAGCAAGCGCCAUCGAGCAUUGGUUCACCAGCGUCACCCGAACCAGGACAACAGGACAGUCAGCAAGAUUCUUGGGGAAUGGUGGUACGCUCUAGGUCCUAAAGAGAAACAGAAGUACCAUGAUUUGGCCUUCCAGGUCAAAGAGGCCCACUUCAAGGCCCACCCAGACUGGAAGUGGUGCAAUAAAGACAGAAAGAAGUCCAGCUCUGAAGGUCGUGGGGUACCAGGGAGCAAAGACAUUAGAGAGAGGAGCAUGUCUGAAUCCACAGAGCCCCAUUCUGUCGAGCUGAAGGGUGUCGGUCCAGGACUGGUGGGUGUGUCCGAGAGGAGUACAGGAGAAGGCCAUGCGAGUCAGCUUACUCGCCCCAGAGCCUUCUCCCAAAGUGCUGUGCACAGCCUGGAGCGGAGUGACAGGGGUAAUACGCAAGCCCUUGCAGAACUGGCACAGAUGUGUGGGGAUGGUGGCAAUCAGUUCUCGAGCCAUGCCCCUCCUUUGGCACAGUCUCAGCGUGGGGUCAGCGAGGACAUGACCAGUGAUGAGGAGCGCAUGGUCAUCUGUGAGGAGGAGGGAGAUGAUGAUGUCAUUGAGGACCCUUAUCCUAGCAGCUCCAUAGACCUCAAGUGUAAGGAGCGUGUGACUGACAGCGAUAGCGAGAACGGUUCGGGUGAUGAAAGCGAUCGAAAGAGAGUUUUUGCUCCAGUCAUUUGCUCUUCUGCUUCCUCCUCUUCCUCACACCAUACUCCUCAUGGUAGGAGUGUCUCACUGUCCUCUUACCCCACCACCAAGCGCUAUGAUGAGGGGAGAUCAGGAGGGGGAGCGUUUUUGGACCACAGGAGGAAGGAAAGAGCAGAGGGAGAGAAUAAGGAUGCAUUUGGAGGGGAGGAAGGUGGAAGUGGGCAAGCCUCUUCUCUCUCCCUUUCUUCUGGUCAGUCAGUCAUGUCCACUUCUCCAGCCGGAGGGCCUCUUCCCUCAUCAGUAAGUUCGCUGGGGGCGAACCCACUCCUGAGGGUGGCCUCUACAGUGGUGACCAAUGUAAUGCGUCCUGUUAUCAGCACACCGCUCCCUAUUGCCAGCAAACCUAGAGAUGGAGCCACUUCAUCCAGCCCUCAUCCUUCCGAAAGGAAGUCUCUGACUCCCCAGCAGCAGCCGCAACUCUUGAUUGGUUCAGCUUCAGGAGGCGGGGCCACAGCCACAGGGGGUGGGUACUAUUCUUCGUCAUCACCCAGUCCAGCUAUGGGUCCAGGUGGUGUAGUGACUAAUUUAGUGUUAGGAGGGGCUUUGCCUCCCCAACCCUCUAUACAGCUUGUAACCCCCUCCCCACAACCCCAGCCAUCUCAGCCGCAGGCUCUUCCACCCACUGCUGUUUCAGCUCAGCAUAGCCAAACCAACGGGCCCCUGCCUCUGCCCCUGCUUCAGCCCCAGUUCCUUCCUGCUUCCUCCCUGGCACCUGGGAGUAAGGCCAUCACUCAAGUCCAGUACAUUCUGCCUACCCUACCUGCCAACACCAACCCAAAGAGUCCACCUCAGCAGCUCAGCCAGCCAACCAGUGUCUUCAACCUGCCCACAGCUCCACCGACACAUGUGUCCUUGGCCAAUGGAAAGCAGCAGGGUACAAGUCCACUGACGGGAUACACGUCCAGCUCAGCAGUGGGAGUCGGCCCAGGAACUAGAGUGCAAGCACAGUCUCCGGCGCUCCAGGGUAAAAUGCUUGUUCCCAUGGCAACAGUGCGGACCGCGCCAGCGCCUGCCCAGCAGUUUCCGAUUGUGGCUCCACCUCUUCCUGUCCAGAAUGGAGCUCAGUCCGGAAGCAAGAUCAUCCAUAUAGCUCCUAUGCCCGUUGUUCAAUCUCAGCUGCCUCAGGGUGGAGCAGUACAUCCUGCCAGCCCCUUCCCUGUAACAGUGGGCACAGCUGCUGUGGUAGCACCAGGAUCAGCCCCCUCCCAGGCUGUUCUAGUGCCACCAGCACCUACAAGGAUCACCUACGUCCAGUCCACUCCAGGGAUACCAUCCACCCUGCCUCUAGUCUCCAAUACAACAGCCUCCUCCCCUUCGCAGCAAGCUCUGCCAGUUCCUGGGUCUGCAUACGUACCCUCGCCCCUUGCAACUCUUGGGUUCACAGCCAUUGCCCCGCCUGGACAGACGCUGGUACAGCCGCUGAUUGCAGGUCAACCACCACUCCUGGCCACAGCUCAGUCUCCACAGCCCUCCACCUCAGCCCCUGCUUCAGGCUCCGGGGGCCAGAUAGUAACUGCCAUCUACCCUCCUUCACCUAGCGUCACCAUGGCAACAGGGGUGGUCUCCAUGGCAGCAGUACCCCCCAGCGUGGUCUACUCUGUCUCCAGCCCGUCGAGCGCUUCUCCCCACAUCCUGCCCAAAUACACAGCAACCCCCUCCAUCAUCACGCACCCACAUUCGGACAGACAGACUGACAGGCACCUGCUUCCGGACAGACCUGCGGAUCGACAAACUGACAGGCAGACGGAGAGGCAGGCAGAACUGCUGACACAUUCGGAAAGACAGCUUGAGAGGCAGACGCAGCCCUCCAGCAGCUCAGCGGCGCCUCCCAGUGGCUCUGCUGGGUCCAUAAGGCCCUGCAGUCCUUCGCUUCAGAUCCAAACACCCGGAAGCACACCAGGCACACCCAAACUCACCCCGCUUCCAGUCAGGGUCCCACAGAAAGUGAAGGCAACAGUGGCCACCAUUCCCGUAGGCAGCUAUGAAGGAGGAGGCCGAGGGAAGGAGAGAGAGCGUGACAAAGACAAGGAGCGAGAGCGGGAGAGAGAGAGAGAGCGAGAAAAGGAGAGGGAAAGGGAAAGGGAAGCUGCAGCCAACAGUCAUUUUGCCUUUGAUCCUGAACCACCGGGGCAGACGGCGUCUCCAUCAGCACAUCCCACAGAGGAGCCAGCAUCCUCACUGGAGGGCUCCAGUGCUGGAGACUCCUCUGACUCAAGAAACAGGGAAAGCACAACCGCCAAAGAGGCUGGGUGGAAGGAGUCCCUCCCCUCCUCUCCUCUCCCUCCUCCAUCAGCCACAGAGCCCGCCCUGCCACCUCCACAGACUGACAAAGAAUGUCCCACACCCAAAAAGGUCAAAGCCCGCCCACCACCUCUAAAGAAGACCUUUGACUCUGUUGACAAGGUGUUGUCAGAGGUGUACUUUGAGGAACGAUUUGCCGAGCUGCCAGAGUUUCGGCCCGAGGAGGUUUUGCCGUCACCGACUCUGCAGAGCCUGGCCACCUCACCUCGUGCCAUUCUGGGGAGCUAUCGCCGCAAGAGGAAGAACUCAACAGAUUUGGACUCGGCUACAGACGAGCAAAUCUCCCCAAAGAGGAAGAGUCGGCGGCGUUCCAGCUGCAGCUCCGAGCCCAACACGCCUAAAAGUGCCGCUAAAUGCGAGGGGGACAUCUUCACCUUUGACAGAGCAGCUUCUUUCCCAGCACCAGAUGGAGAAGACAUCUUGACUGAACUGGAGUUUGAUAAGGUGCCGUACACUUCCCUGCGCCGAACGCUGGACCAGAGGAGAGCACUGGUCAUGCAGCUGUUCCAGGAGCAGGGCUUCUUCCCAUCAGCUCAGGCCACUGCAGCCUUCCAGACGAGAUACUCAGAUAUAUUCCCCACCAAGGUGUGUCUGCAGCUGAAGAUCAGGGAGGUGCGGCAGAAGAUCAUGCAGACAGCUGCUCCUUCCGAUGCCUCUCUUUUAUGCGCCUCAGACUCAGCCGGCUCCAUCGCCGGACCUUCUGGGUCUCAGUCAGGGGAAGGAUUUGGGAGAGCGGGUGGAGACCCGCAGGAUGAAGACAUGGAACACGGGACAGAAGCGAGCCCAGAGGAUCCUCGUGAUUCACAAGAUUCUUCUAGAUGA